AUGGCGGCGGCCGCCCUUUCCUCACUCAUGGCAACCACCAGUCAGUUCACGCAGUUUCAGAACACGUUCAACUUCGUCAGCGGUGCCGGUGCGAUAGUGACAUCGAGUGCGGCCAGUACCAGCAGCCACCUCAGCACGAGUAGUGCCGCAAGCGUGAGCAGCACUAGAAGCAGUGGUGCCGGCGAUGGUAUAGCAUCGAGCACCUCUGGCGGUGGUACAACGGUCAACAGUGGUGCUGGUGCCAACGCCGGUGAUAGUACGUCCACCAGCAGUGAGGAGGUAGUGGCAGGUACUGCCGGUACUCCGACCACGGCGAGUGGCAAUGUAAAUACAUUCGAUAGCACGCUGGCAGCCCUGGCCGCGACGACGGCUUCACAGAUCCGUGGAUCCGCGGAGAACGAAGGCGGUACGCGGAAGUUGCGCCAGCAGCAGCAGCAUCACCCUCCGGACCUACCGGCCAUACUGAUGCACGCCAAUCUGCUGGAGGGUGCCGGUCACAUCAAUCUACUCAACAGCAGUACCAGCAAUGCCAGUGGCGAUCGGAGCAUCGAUGGUGAUAGCAGCAGCUCCGGACUUCCCUUAAGACACCACGACGAUACGACCGUGUCCGUCGUGGACGAUGAAGCUGCGUAA